UUUCUCGGCUUCAAGUGUCUUCCCUUCGCCAUUCGUGGCGUAAACCAACAUGGGCUUUCUGGCGUCGUUUUGGGCGGUCGAUCGACUAGGAUCGGCCCUUGCCAAACAGUGCCCAAUAAGGGCAACCUGAAAAUUGACAGUUUCAGCAACAUGGAAUAUUGUUGGACGUACUUGAAAAGCGUUUGUGCUGGAUGCUCGACUACUCUGUACUAACACGGCAAGUGAAGUUUAUGCCUCCAUUUAUAUCCUCUUAUUAUUUAAAAGACUCUGUCGAAUCUCAAUGUUCAUUUUUUAAGAUUUUAAUAACAACAAACGCAGGUCACUGGAGCGGAUGCCCAUAAUCGUGGGUCAUCUCAUGACAGAAGACAAUGAAGUGAAAGUCCAUCGAGUUGGCCGGACAGACAAUUGUGCCGUUCUUUUGUCCAAGUUGGUCACCCAGGUCGAGGCGGAAAUUACAAAACAUGUUUCCAAACGUAAAUUUCCAUAAUUGAUCCGACAAACAUCAGUGUGGGUCACUAUGUCCCGUUUGCUAAACGUUUCCUUAAAUUCUCCUUGCAGGUAUAAGGCAACAUAGAUUUUUAUCGGGAACAGGAAGUAUAUCCAUAGAGUGCAUGACCAUAUAAACUUUCAUUUUUCUUCUUGUAUGAAAUGCAUAUAAUUAAGGGGAUUGCUCAUUCUAGAUUUGCAACAAUUGUGUCAAUUUUGUUGCUGGAGGUGAAGGCUAAAUAUUUCCAAUUUUGGACGUUUGCAAACUCUCGAAAAAGUUAACAAUCGGCAACGAGCGCUGCGUAAAAUCAAUUGAUCCUUCGAGCAAGGCAGAAAAACUGGUUGAUCCGGUCUACCGUUGCGUAUACACUAGUCGCGGCGGAAGGUCCAACAGCUCUGACAGAACUCCAACAGUUUGUAUUUCAUAUAAAAAGGACUUGCAUUUCAAGCAAACGACAUCAUUCAGCCAACAGCUUCCGGACUCCCUUACGAAUCCAAGAGCCUGCUAACUGUUGACUAAAAAUCUAAACCAGUUUCAUCACCAUGAAAACUAUGAAUCUUAUAGCCGUAUUGGCGCUUGUGUGCAUCUGCAGAGCAGCAGCCGAUGGACUUAACAUGAAGCGUGACGACCGUAACGAAGGAUCCGAGAGUCAACUUCAACGAUCGUACGGAGGUGGAUCCGCAUACGGUUUAGGUGGACUCGGAGGGGGCUACGGCGGAGGCUACGGCGGGGGCUUCGGCGGGGGCUACGGCGGGGGCUACGGCAGCAGUCUUGGAUACGGUGGACUUGGAGGAUACGGGGGAGGACUUGGCGGCGGCUAUGGUGGACUUGGAGGUUAUGGGGGCAUUGGAUACGGAAGCGGGCUUGGUGGCGGUUAUGGAGGAUAUGGAGGCCUUGGAUAUGGCGGCGGGCUUGGCGGCAGCUACGGUGGUCUUGGGGGUUAUGGAGGUGGCCUUGGAUACGGUGGAGGACUUGGCGGUAGUUACGGUGGUCUUGGAGGCCUUGGAUACGGCGGCGGGCUUGGCGGCAGCUACGGUGGUCUUGGUGGUUAUGGAGGUCUUGGAUAUGGAGGAGGGCUUGGCGGCGGUUACGGGGGAUAUGGAAGCCUUGGAUACGGCGGCGGGCUUGGCGGUAGCUACGGCGGAAGUUACGGAUCUUACGGUUCCGGAUAUGGAACUCGCGCUUACUAAAAUUGAUUCAUAUUUACGUCGCAGCCUAAGCAUUGUACCAACGAUCCUUCUUUGUUUUCUUCGCUUUGAUUUUCGACCUGGGAUAUGAUGUUGUUGCAGACUUUGUUCAUCCCCGAAAACCAUUUACAUCGCCUGCUGCAUCUUUACCUUACUCGUCUCCUUUCAUUUUGUUCGUUUUUAUUUACAUCAAAUGUAAAAUAUUAAAAGACUGAAGCCAUGCAGUGAUUUCGCAUGCAAUCUAUACAAUAUAAAUCUUGAAACAAAA